AUGGCUGUCGAGUCCAUGUUUUCCUACGCCUUCCUAUACCGAUUUCACGGAUCAAACUUGUUUGCGGACAGGGCUGAGCUUGCUGCUUUCAACGCCCUUCCCGCGGCAAUGAGCCCUGAUUGGUGGUCUCAUCAAUAUGUCACCCAGACCAAUCAGCCGUGGUCCCGAAAUUUGACGGCAAACCCGUUCUUCAAUGUUGUUUCAUAUUCCAAUAGCUUCGGGUUGGAGCCGAAUUUUCCUUGCUGUACCGUCAACCAUCCGCAGGGAUAUCCAAAAUAUGUUGCAUCGUCGUUUGUCAAGUAUGGAGAAAAUGGCCUUGUCCAUAUGUUACUCGGUCCAUCGAUAGUAGAGACCAAGGUCAAGAACAGGCCGAUUCAAGUGAAAUGUCGGACUAACUAUCCGUUCUCGGAUCGACUGGACUAUGAAAUCCUGGCUGCCAUCGAUUUUGACUUUUAUGUUCGAAUCCCACAGUGGGUAGACGAAACCACGGCGCUGAGCCAAUUUGCCGGCCAAAAGCCCCAAUCGAUUUCGGCAGAAAAUGGACUUUAUCGCAUGUCGAUUCGGAAAGGCUUCCACAGAUUGUCUAUCUACCUCCCUAUGACGACCACCAUUGCAUACAGGAACAACACCGUUGGUGUAUAUCGUGGGCCUCUGCUCUACGCCGCCGACAUCAAAUACUCCUCUUCAUCCCAUCGACCGCUCAAUUGGACAGAUAGACAGCCCUUGCCAACUUCCGAGGUGGAUGCUCGAAGCCUCGAUUGGGUGCUUGAACCCACAUCCAACUGGCGAUACGCGAUAGACCCCACGACAAUUAAGCUUGGGAGGACCAUUCCUUACGACACCAAGCUGCCAAACCCACUGUUCGAUAGACACAAUUUCUUACCGAGUCUCGAGGUCGACGCUUAUCCUUUGAACUGGCCAGAGACGCUGGGUACUGCCGCGCUACCCCCAGAGCAUGUGGAGGUUAAAAAGUCAGAGGUCACAAAGCUUAAGCUCAUUCCGUUUGGGGCCGCCAAACUUCAUAUAGCUCAAUUCCCCAUUGUGAAAUAG